AAAAUGAACAACAAGUCAACAACAUUAAAAGAAGUAAACAAUGCUGGGACCUCAAAUAAUCAACCAAAAAUACGCGAGGAUUUAGUUAAUGCAGCCAAACAAUUUAUUAAUAAUCCUCGUGUGAGAAAUACUCCGAUUGAGGAACAAAAAACUUUUUUAAUUAAAAAGGGAUUAACGGAGGUUGAAAUUAAUGAAGCGAUGAAAGGGCGAAGUGGAAAACAGCAAAUAAUUCCACUUUAUGGACAACCACCUCCAACACUUGUCAAAAACAAUAGCGCAAUUUUAGAAUGGGCAAAGGCCAUAAUAAUAAUUGGCUCAACAAGUUUUAUUUUUUAUCGUUUUGUUCGUUCCUGGGUGCUUCCCAAAUUGUUGGGCAUUCCCAACCCUGAAGAUGAAAGAUUACAAAGAGUUGAACAACAAAUUGAAUCUAUUACAGAAACAAAUAAAGCUAUUGUAGAAAGUGUGAGACAAACAAUUGGAACAAUUUGUGAACAAAACGAACAAAUAAACAGAACUUUGUUGAUUAUUCAAAGCCAAACGAGAAAUAAUAAUGAAAAUAAAGGUAGAAAAAAUUUUUAA